ACUUCCAGGGUAGGCGUGUGGAUCUCCCCACCCCGCAGCCCACCCACCCGCCGCCAGUGCUGCCCCGGACCCACACCAUGGGACUGUGAAGGCAGACACUUCUGGGGACACCAGAGCAGCUUGCACGCUGGAUGAUGGGAGACGACAGACUCUCGGAACACCCCAAGCCCAUGGAAUUUCUCAACCUCUAUUUGGGAGACAACCUGCAGACUGGCCCAGGGGCCCACCCGAGGGACACAUGCAGCCUUCCCGACCCUCCCGGACCUCAUGGAGAACAGACCUGGGCCUUGGAGCCUCCCAGUUCUACGAAGCCAGAUGCUCCCCCUGGGGGCUCCAGCAUGGAGCCCCUGCACUUGGGGAGCAGCUCCUCCCAGGAGGAGCCCAGGCACAAAGUAGCGCCUCCCGAGUCACCGGGGAACAACCAUCCCCUGGGGAGCCCGAGGCAGAGCCAGAGCACAUCCACGCAAGUGGUGUUCUGGGCAGGCAUCCUGCAGGCCCAGAUGUGUGUCCUGGACCUGGAGGAGGAGCUAGAGAAGACAGAGGGGCUCAGGGCUGAGCUGAGGUGCUGCCUCCCCGCUGCCCCUGUGGAGCUCCCUGCUUUCCCCUCCAGCCCCGCAGGCCCCCAGGGCUCAGGCCUCCACCCUAGCUCACCAGUGGAUGACUCACCAGUGGAUGAGGUUCCAGGAGGAGACAGCAGUGGCACUGAGGGGGAGAACCAGCACUCCCUGUGGCCCAGGGAGGGAAGGACAGACUCCUCCCCGGAGUGGGGUGCCGAGGAGGAAAGCCUGUUCUUUGACAAUCCCCUCUUUUUGGAGAGCCCUUGCUCGGACAGUGCUUCUGGAGCUCGCUUGUCCUGGGGGCUCUCAGACUCCUGCAUGGAUGGGGGACCCAAGCCCGAGUGUCCCCAGAUCCUAGAGCCUCCUCUCCCAGGAGGGGGCGUCCUAUGGGAAUUGGACAGCGAGCUGGAUUUGGGGGCUGGCACAGCUGAUUCUAGCGGGCACACCACGCCUCCGUUCCCUGUACCCACCUACAAACCUCACUCCUUCUCGUGGCCUGUAGUGAAUGAGGCCACCAAGGGGACCCCUGAAGCACCUCCUGACUGUGGGGAGACUGAGACUUCUCUGGGGGACAGUCUUGGCCCCGCCCCAUCUGCGGCAUCUGGUGUGGACAAAGUAUUGACCUCGGAAACAGGACAAGUUGGGUCUGACCCCAGCUCUGCCAGGCAUCUGGUGCAACCUUGGGCCCUGCCCAGCCCGGAAGGCUGGCAGACAGAAGAGGGUCCUUCCUGGCCUGGGGUGCCUCUGAUUUCCCAGGACCAAGGUGACAGUGAUGCUGAGUGUCCCCAGGAGUCUGCUCUGCGCACGUUGGCUCCUGGCCCCUGGGGGAGCCCAGCCUCAUCGCCGGAGCCCAGCAGCCCCGAGUCUGAGAGCAGAGGCCCUGGCCCCAGGCCCAGCCCUGUGUCCUCACGGGAAGGCAGCCCAUCGCCCCAGGGCCCCAACUGGGGCAGCAGUCUUCCCGAGCGGACACUAGAUGCUUCAUGCCCUUCACUCUUGGAGAUAGAUGGGGCAGAGCCAAGCUUCCCGGAGAGAGAGGAGGCAGGAGAGCCCCCACAGCCAGGGGAGGAAGUGAAGAGUGAAGGCCCAGCCAGGACUGCCGAGGCUGGAGCCGUCCAGCCUGGUGUGUGCUUGACCUCUGCGGCAGGGCUUCCCGAGAGCCCCAUGCCCCAGGCGCAGUGCCCGGAGGAAGGCCAGAGGCCACAGACUGGAGACAAGCUGGCUAAUGGUGUCAACAGCGACAAGGUGGCCUGGAACUUGGCCUCUCGCCUCUAUCACCUGGAAGGCUUCCGGAAGUCUGAAGUGGCCGCCUACCUGCAGAAGAACAAUGACUUCAGUAGGGCUGUGGCUGAGGAGUACUUGUCCUUCUUCCAGUUUGGAGGCCAGAGCCUGGACCGAGCCCUCCGGGGCUUCCUCCAGGCCCUGGUGCUCAGCGGGGAGACUCAGGAGCGGGAGCGAAUCCUCUACCAGUUCUCCAAACGCUUCCAUUACUGCAAUCCGGGGGCCUUCCCCUCUGCAGAUUCCGUUCACACUUUGACCUGUGCCAUCAUGCUCCUCAACACAGACCUGCAUGGACAGAACAUUGGGAAGAGCAUGAGCUGCCAGGAAUUUAUCACCAACCUGAAUGGCUUGCGAGACGGAGGGAACUUCCCGAAGGAGCUGCUGAAGGCCCUCUACUGGUCUAUCCGAAGUGAGAAGCUUGAAUGGGCUAUGGAUGAAGACGACGCAGGCCGACCACAGAAGGCCCAGGUGUCUCCCCCCACUGGCAAGCUGAGCAACCCUUUCCUGCAGCUGGCCCAGAACCCCACGGCGCCGACCUACAAGCAGGGCAUCCUGGCCCGGAAGAUGCAUCACGAUGCGGACGGCAAGAAGACGCCGUGGGGCAAGCGCGGCUGGAAGAUGUUCCACACGUUGCUUCGAGGGAUGGUCCUUUACUUCCUGAAGGGAGAGGACCACUGCCCCCCUGCAGGGGAGAGUUUGGUGGGGCAGAUGGUGGACGAGCCUGUGGGGGUGCACCACUCGCUGGCCACACCCGCCACCCAUUACACCAAGAAGCCGCACGUCUUCCAGCUGCGGACUGCCGACUGGCGCCUCUACCUCUUCCAGGCUCCCACCGCGAAGGAGAUGAGUUCCUGGAUCGCGCGCAUCAACCUGGCCGCCGCCACGCACUCGGCGCCGCCCUUCCCCGCCGCUGUGGGCUCCCAGCGCCGAUUCGUCCGGCCCAUCCUGCCUAUAGGACCCGCCCAGAGCUCCCUGGAGGAGCAGCAUCGAUCCCACGAGAACUGCCUGGACGCCGCCUCCGACGACCUGCUGGAUCUGCAGAGGAACUUACCGGAGCGGCGGGGCCGCGGCCGCGAGCUGGAGGAGUACCGCUUGAGGAAGGAGUACCUGGAGUAUGAGAAAACCCGCUACGAGACCUACGUGCAGCUGCUGGUGGCCCGUCUGCACUGCCCCUCGGAUGACCUGGACCUGUGGGAGGAGCAGCUGGGGAGGGAAGCCGGAGGCGCUCAGGAGCCCAAGCCCAGCCUGAAGAAGUCCCACUCCAGCCCAUCCCUGCUCCAGGAGGAGGCCCCCACCACGGCCAAGGUGAAACGCAACAUCUCAGAGCGCAGAACUUACCGGAAGAUCAUACCCAAGAGGAACCGCAAUCAGCUCUGAAGCUGGGACCGCCUCACGGACUCAGGCCCCGAGUUCCGGGGUGUAGAAGUGGGGGAAGGGAACUGAGAUGAGACCCCAUAGAGGAGACUUGCUUCAGCGGGUCUGCACUGGGGAGGAGGCCCUCCCUUUCCUGCUGAAGGACAGCCCCUGUUCCUCUGCAGUCCUCACCGCCCCCUUUGCCGGAGCUUUCCCGCUACUGCUGUGCCCACCCCAACGACAGCCCCCAGCUGCCCUCGUCCCUGCUCACUCCCAAGGGAGGACAGAGGUCAAGGGGUGGGCUGCGCUCCCAUGUCACCCUUCCCUGUUCCACAGUCUAGAGUGGCCACAUUGCUUGGGCCUGGGGGCAGCUCAGCACUCAUUUGAGAAUCCAAGAACCCGUGGGCCCUGAGCUUCCAGAAGGGAGGCUGGGGCAGCAGAAGCCUCUGGGCAAUCAAGCCAGAGGAGCCACAGCCCUGAGGACAGUCUUGCUCUGGGAGUCGGGUGGCCUGGGAUGAGAGGUCCUGGGAGACCCCAGGCAGCCUCAGGUGACUGAGAGAGCGGGGUGGCUUGGCCCUGCCCCCUGACAGGUAGGGCUUCUGGGGCUUCGAGGACAAACUCAGUGAUGCUGACUCUGGGGCCCCAGGCCUUUGUGUGCUUUCCGCCACAAUCACCCGUGCACCUGGGGCAGAUGGGAGAGGCCACACCCCACACACCCAAUUGCUAAUCAUCAGAGCAGAGCCAUUGGUGGUCAGUGAAGGCCAGAGGGCAUGGGGCCUCCAGAGCUCUGUGGAGAGCCCUGGGAACAAGGGGCCUUUGUUUCCUCAGAGCAGGGGAGGAGGUCCCUCAGGUUCAGACCUGGGAGAGGCUGAGGGGCAAGAGGCCAUGAUAUAUCCCCUGGGGGCCCUCUUGGAAGGAGCUAGUCUGGGAGCUGUGAGGGCCGGGUGAAAGCCUGGCUGCCUCCCACGCAGCCCAUCCCAUGAAGUUGCAUUCCCAAGGAGGGGCACCAGGGACCCUUCCAGAAUCCCUCACCCCCCUGCCAGCUCUCAGGGGACUUUGCUGCCCUUCCUGGGAAGUCCCCCUGUGCUGCCCUCUGGCUGCCUCCCAGCUGGGCUCUGGGGGAGGUUCCGGACACUCAUGGACCUCGGGCUCUGCCUGUGGGAAGGAGGCUGGGAUGGAGAAGCAGCCACCAUUGUCUCUGUUCAGCCAAGUGUGCGAGCAGGCUGCCUGCCAAGAGGGGCCUCUGCUGCCCGGCUGCCGCCUGCUGGCUGACGCACGGCCUCUCCAGCCUUCCUGCCGGGGCCCCUCUCCUCCCAAACCAUGCUAAAAACCAGCCCUGGGGCCUGGAAGGCCACCAAGCGGGGCUGGCCCUUCGGGGACCAGAGGGGUUGUCUGGCCAGGGCUCAGCUCAGGGCAGGGCCGGGUACUCAGUCGGUGUAUAGUAACUGCAGGCCAGUGAAGAAGGAGGUGUGCACGUGUGUGCAAGGAACCGAGGGUCAGGGGGAUUGGCGCAGCUGGGACCCCCUGCAGGAUCCCAGGCUGGGUCUCCCUUUGCCCGGGUGCCCGUGCACAUCUGAAUGUGCGUGUCCGUGUCUGUGUGCGGGUGUGGAACGCUGUGUGUGCAGGCUGUCAGAGCCUUGGGACCUCGGAAUCAUUUGUUCACCCACUCACACAUUUGUUCAUUCAUUCAUUUCACAACUGAUAUUGACCACUUUUUAUGGAAUCCGCCUCUGGCCUCCAGGAGGUAACAGCCCUGUCCUCUGGCUCCUUGCUAUUAGGGCAGAGGCACACUUCCUCUUGCUGGAGAGGCAUGUGGAAGACACACUCCCACUCUGCUCAGGGAUUCGGAUUCAGUAGUUUGGGGUCAGAGGCACGGAUAAAUAUUUUUAAAGCAGCUUGGGUCACAUCACUGAUGUGCAGCUAAUAAGUGAAAACCUAGUAUCAGAUCAAGGUGACUUGCCCCAGGACUGAUACAAGCUUGGCCUUGAGUGGAUUAUUUGACCUCACUGAACGUGUAUCCUUUCUAAAACCAGAAUAAAAGGCAGAGGUUUGUCUGCAUUUUUGCAUGUAUGUGGCAGUUUGAUGCUUCUUUGCUCAUGUGGGACUGGCACCUGUCUUUCACCUGGGCACCUGAAGCCUUCAGAGACAGAUGGGGGCCGCGGGACCCCACCUGGCCAAUGCAGCUAGACGGGGGCUUGGACCAGAGGCCUGAGGGGGAGGCGAGGCUAGGCUGCAGUUCUGACAUGCGACCACUGGGGGGCGGGCUUGCAUCUUUCAAGCUUGUGUGCUCAGGUGUCCAGCUGCAGAGCUCUGCUCCCUGAAGAAGAGGAAGUUAGUCUGUUUGUCCCCAGCCAUCACCAGAACCAGGACCUUCCACUUCCCUAAACCCACAGAGGUCCAAGCCAGGUCCCCCAACUUCUGGAGAAGUCAGCCAUGGGAAGGGUUGCAACUCUGACAUCUUUCUGCAGAUGGAGAAGAAAAAGAGUUUCUGGAGCCAUAUGGGGGAAGCCUAGAGUUCCCGCAAAGAAUUGUCCCCACAAAAGUGAACACUGAGUGAGCUCCCAGUCCUAAUCCUGAGGUGUGGGGCAGAUGUGGCCCACAGGCAUAUGUCUGACCUUGUGUUCACCCUCGCUUCCUUUCCCACCUGGGAAGUGGGUUGGUGCAUCUCUUUGCAGACAAUGGGACAGGCACAGGUUCUUGGUGAUGAGCUCAGGCUCUGUAAGGCUGGCUGGUUUGUCUCUGGCUCCUCCUUUCCCUUCUAGGGGGGCUCAGCUUUUGGGACCCUGGGCCUGGUGUGACCCAGGUGAUACCCCAGAUGUAAUCUUUCCCUGGUCUCCCAGCAUCUCUGCUUUGUGUGGCUUUCUGCUGAUAACAUUUAAAUGUUAUCAUUUAACUGAGUCCAAUGGUGACAACAGAUGGGCUAUCAUGGAAGAAGCAAGGCUGCAGGACUGGGUGAGGGUGGGCAAGGGAAACACAGCAGUGGGGAUCGGGGCCUGGUCACAUGGGACCUUGCCUGCAGCCUAAGAGUGUGCUUUUCCAGCAGGAGAGGCCCAGACUCGUGGCUUAACAGCCAGCCAGCCAGCCUGGGAGUUUUGCUUUAAGAAAAUGAAAUGACUUGAGUGAAUAAGGCCAAUAGGGAGAGUCGGAAUGGGGCCUCGAGACCCUCUGUACUACCUGCGCAACUUCUUUUAAGUCUAAAAUAAAAAAUGAAAAGAGGGGGGAAAACCAGUGGCCUGGAAACUCAGGACAAGCUGGCAGUCCGCCAUCUGGCCCUUCUCCCUCCCUGACCCCCGCCCCCAGGCGCAUGCCUGCACAUACUCAACGGUACUUAUGGCUUUCCUGAAUGCCACACUCUCCACGACGGCUCCUCCCCACCGCCUCUCCAUCAACUAACUCUUCUGGGUGUCUCUGCCCCCUUGCCAUCUCACUGUGGCUUACACCUUUACCUGUCCUUCCUCUUCCCUUCUCUAGCAGAAGAGGGGCUCACUGCGUUCUUGGGACCGACCUCCUCCCUGAGACCACACACCACCCCUGCUUCUCCUGCCUGCCGUGACCUCUCUCCCUCAGGGCUUCCAUCUGGGUCUCUGGACCUACUUUUACCCCCUUCUUCAUCCCUUGCCAACAACUUCCAGGAUAUCGCCCUUG